CGGAACCUUUUACUGUUUGUUUACCGCGGACACUUUUCCCGAACGGACCGCUUUCCUUUACCCAGCAGUCUCUGCUUCAAGUCCGUCCUUCCGACUUCCGCCCCAGCUUUGAGCCGAAAUGGCACCAACAAAGAAAGGAGAGAAGAAAAAGGGGCGUUCAGCCAUCAACGAGGUUGUGACCAGAGAGUACACCAUCAAUGUCCACAAGCGGAUCCAUGGGAUAGGCUUCAAGAGGAGGGCUCCCCGCGCCAUCAAGGAGAUCCGCAAGUUCGCCAUGAAGGAGAUGGGAACGCCCGACGUCCGCAUCGACACCCGCCUCAACAAGGCCGUGUGGAGCAAGGGGAUCAGGAACGUGCCGUACAGAAUACGCGUGCGCCUGUCCAGGAAGCGUAACGAGGACGAAGACUCUCCCAACAAGCUGUACACCCUGGUCACAUACGUUCCCGUCACCACAUGCAAAGGCCUGCAGACGGUCAAUGUCGAUGAAAACUAAAUGUUUCCCCUCUGCGAGUGGAAUAAAAAGACAUAAAAGUUG